AGCAUUUGGUAGAGGACAGGUCUCUGGAGCUUUGCAAAAGGAGGAAUUAUUUGCAUACCAACGCUUUAGCUGUGGCAAAACACUUUCCAUGCUGAAGAUGGACCAUGCAAAUAUGACCCAAGCCAUGCUUGAUGCCGAAUCCCGCAGCACGGAGAGCAACAACAGCAAUGAGUAUUUUUAUAUCCUGAUCGUCAUGUCUUUCUAUGGGAUCUUCCUGAUAGGGAUAAUGCUGGGCUACAUGAAAUCCAAAAGAAAAGAGAAGUCAUCUAAUUUGCUUCUGCUCUACAAAGAUGAGGAGAGAGAAUGGGGGGAAGCGGUGAAGCCUCUACCAACCAUAUCGGGGCUGAAGUCUGCCCAGAUCCCCAUGAUGCUGAACAUGCUGCAGGAGAGCAUGGUGCCAUCCCUGUCCUGUGCUAUUUGCUCCAUGGAAGGCAGCAGUGUCAGCUCUGAGUCUUCCUCCCCAGAUGUGCACUUCACCAUCCAGGAGGAGGUGCUGGAUGCUGAACUGGGGGAAGUCUCCGAAACACUCCUCGAGAGCAGCGAGGGAUCUGCUGAAAACAUCCACAAGAACUCCUAGCACUCGCAGGGCUCUUCUGAUCAGCUGCCAAAGCAUAAGUGGAGCUCCCACUAGGAAUCUGUGGUUCUACUUUCCUGCUCUCCAAUGAACUCUCAACAGGUAUCUGUGCCCCAGGGCCUGAGGUGUUCCUGAGAGCUGGCAGGAGAAGGAAGCAGUGGUACCCACCUCCAAAGUGUAACUUGCACAUAAUCGGGAUGCUUCGUUUUAGUUUUUCCAUUAUUAUUUCUUAUCAUAAGAGCUCAGAACAAGGAGAAUAUAUAUAUAUAUAUAGAGAUAGAUAGAUGUAUUUUAAUGAGGUAACUAUUACUGGCAUGUCUCUGCAUAUUUUGGAAUUGUGCAAAUAUCUGAGAAAUAUUUAGGGAAGUUACCCAAACACAAGUGUCUGGUUGUUAAAGGCAAUGGGUAAUGCUCAUUCACAC